AUGCAUCCAUGGUUUGAUGCAACCCUCAAAGUUAUAGAAGGACAUGGUAUUCAUGGCUGCAAUGGCAUUGUAAGCAUUGGGAAUAGCAAUGCUCCCCUUGCAGUUGUUGUGAGAGAUAGGAAUGAGGUAAUUGGGGAUAGCGGAACUGAAAAUGGUGUAACUGGUUUUAAUUGGAAAGAUUGGGUUGAAGAUGCUAAUUUUGAAUGUGUUGAAAACAUAGUCGCAGAUUUUUCUGUACCUAGGAAUGAAGAGGAAGCGUACUCUGCACCAAACGUGCAUCCUCAUCGAGAAAGCAAUUUCCAAGCCUCCAUGGUGCAGGUUACACAAGUGCAAUCUGAAAAUCUGCAACAAUCAAGUUGGAGUGAAAUGCAUACAAGCCAGGUUCAUUUGGUGCAUGGUAAGAAUGUGGAAGAUAUUGAUUAUGGUGGAGGUCUUUCUUGCAUAAAUUGGGAAGCAAAUUUUAAGGUUGGACGAGUUUUUCCAAAUAAGAUUGCCCUUAUAAAAACCUUAUGUUUAGCAGCAGUCAGAGGCCACUUUCGAUUUAGAACAGUCCAAUCUGGGAAACGUAGGUUGUGUGUUCGUUGUUGGCAACUUCCUUGCCCUUGGCGACUUCGGGCAUAUAAAGUUGGAUUACAUGAGUUUAGGGUUGUUAAAUACGAUCCAUUUCAUGAAUGUGAUCUAAGGUAUCUUAGUAGUCACCAUCCUCAAGCUAGUACGGGAUUGUUGUCUGACUCUGUGAAACGCAGAUUCAAGGAUUCUCGCACCAUUUAUACUGCAGGUGAUAUCAUCAAAGAUGUGCGACAAAAUUUUGGUGUGACCAUAAGCUACUCUAAAGCUUGGAGAAGCCGAGAGUUAGCUUUAAAGAUAAUUAGAGGGUCUGCAGAAGAAUCAUAUGCUCUUCUCCCUUCCUAUUGUUAUGUAUUGGAGCGUACAAAUCCUGGAACUUUGACAUACAUUGAGACUGAUGCAGCCAACCACUUUUUAUAUUUUUUUAUGUCAGUUGGUGCAUGCAUAAGAGGAUUUAAGUGCUCAAUGCGUCCUGUGAUUGCUGUUGAUGCUACCCAUUUGAAGUGCAAGUACAAAGGUGUUUUGUUUGUUGCCACCGCAUUUGACGGAAAUCGUAAUAUAUAUCCUCUUGCCUUUGGGAUUGGAGAUUUAGAGACGGAUGCGGCUUGGGAGUGGUUUUUCACAAAACUACAUUGUGCAAUUGGUGAUUGCUCGAAUCUUGUUGUCAUAUCUGAUCGAAAUCUUAGCAUAGAAAAUGGGUUGAAAGGAGUUUUUCCUGAGGCAGCACAUGGUGUUUGCUUUUAUCACUUGAAGGGCAAUAUGAAAGCCUCAUUUAAGUUGAAGAAGCGGGAUCCGAUAUUGGGGUUUUUUGUGCGGGCGGCUAAGUCUUACCGUCUAGCAGAGUUCAAUCGUUAUUUCUCCAUGAUAAACAACAAGCGAGUGCAAACUUAUCUAGUACGUGCAGGGCUCCAUAAGUGGUCUCGAGCCCAUUGUGAUGGACGACGAUAUAAUGUCAUGAUAACUAAUAUUGCAGAGUCCAUUAAUUCAGUUCUUCAUUUUGCAAGGAUGCUUCUGGUGGUACACUUGAUCGAGGAAAUUAGGAAUAUGCUUCAGAAUUGGUUUAGUCAACAUCGAGAUUUGUCAAUGAAAUGUAAAUCUAUGUUGUGCCUUGAUUUAGGUGAAAAGAAGUUGAGGAAGAGAUUAGGCGCUGCUUCGAGGAUGAAUGUGGUUAAAAUCAAUGAUAUGGAGUAUAAUGUGCUUGAUGGUGAUAUGAACGGUCUCGUGCACUUGCAAAACUAUAGUUGUACGUGUAGGAAGUUUGACUUAGAGCAACUCCCGUGCAAGCAUGCUAUUGCGAUAAACUCUCAAGAGCAGCGUGAGUGGCAUGUGGCAUGGGACCAAAAUCAACAUGAGUUUGGCACUAAGAGAAAAUUUAGGCUUGCUUUGAGGGAAAAGGAAGUGUUAGGGUAA